AGGUAUGGUUUCUCUGCCAUCGUCCUUUUUCUUCUUCAUCUGUGAAGUAUGAUGGUAGUUUUUAGUUUCUCUCUCUUCUUUAGAGAGAACCCUCUCUCGCCUUUUAUCUACUCUCUUUGGACAUCUUUAGUGAGAGAUUAACCCCUCUUUUAUCUGCUUUCUCUGGACUGGACCAGUUUCAUUUGAUCGCUAAUAAGGGUUCCACCUUCUCUACAAUGAAAGGGGCAAAAGCGAAGGCACCUACAAGGAAGGGGAAAAAGGAAGCACUGAAGCCAGUGGAUGAUAGGAGAGUGGGAAAGCGCAAGGCUACUAUUAAGCCAGAGAGGGCUAGUAAGAGGCCAACCAAGAAAGAAAAACAGGCUAAGAAGGACCCCAACAAGCCAAAAAGGCCUCCAAGUGCUUUCUUUGUGUUUCUGGAAGAGUUCAGGAAGAUAUAUAAAGAGGAACAUCCCAAUGUGAAAGCUGUGUCUGCUGUUGGUAAAGCUGGAGGAGAGAAGUGGAAGUCAAUGUCAGAUGCUGAAAAAGCUCCAUUUGAAGCCAAAGCUGCAAAGAGGAAAUCAGAUUAUGAGAAGCUUAUGUCAGCCUACAACAAGAAGCAGGAAAGUGCAGCUGAAGAUGAUGGAGAUGAGUCUGACAGGUCUAAAUCGGAAGUCAAUGAUGAUGAAGACGAUGAUGAUGAUGAUGAGGAGGAGGACGAGGAGGAUGAUGAUGAAGACUGAAAUUGAUGGCUGAUAAGAGCUUGGCUCUGUGCUUUCCGGAUUCGAUGAAUCAUGUGUAAUCUUCAGGUUUUGAAGUGCUUCAUUUGUAAAAGAUAUAUCAGCUCAAUAUCACUGUUUUUCCAUGUUAGGAAGCCUGUAUUAUAUGUUUCUAUACAAGUGUUUAUACUUUCUGGUACAAUUUGCGCUUUUCUAAAUGACAAGUUUAUGUUUUUGAAUUAGGUUUC